AUGGUGCAGACGCUGGAGCUCCAGGCAACGCAGGACGGUAUAAUUUGGCGACGGAGACCGCUAGUGAGUAGCAAGGGGCUUCUGUCGUGUGUAAAGAAUCUACCACUUAGUUCAUAUGACAAGCGGCCUGCCACUUUUCGCGCUGUGACGUUCAAUACGUCAGGUGAUCUCCUAGCGGCAACCGACGAGCGAGGCCGCGUCUUUGUCUUUUAUGUUACAGCCAAUCGAUAUACAUUAGUGCAACAUCUAGGCACUCCUACGACUCACUGUUGCUUCAGUCCUACGCAUAAGACGGAGCUGCUUGUUACCUGUGAAGAUAAGACAGUGCGAUGUAUCGACGUAAAGACGCAGAAACUCAUUAGCACAUUACAAGGCCAUAAACUCGCGAUACAAUGUGCUUCUUUCCAGAAAUCGGGACAAUUAGCACUCACGGCCUCACAAGAUGCAGUCAUUCUAUGGGAUACAAAGGACUGGUCUCGAUAUCGAGUGCUGAACGCUGGACCUGGAGUGGAAGAUGCCAAAUUUGUGUUUCGAGAAGACCUUGUGGCUGUGUGUUUUCACGAUGAUACUAUUAUGAUGUGGGAGUUAACGACUCUUACAUUGAAGUACAAAUUCUCAUUGCCUGAGGAGGAAGAAUCACCUGGAUUGCAAAAGAUUGCAGUCUCAGAGGACCAUCAAGUGCUUGUAGCGAGUGGAAAAACACCGUUUAUUUAUGUGUGGAAAAUUGAAUCACAGACGAUUAUACGUAUUAUGGAACUACCAUUACCGAUUAAACAAGUCGUCAGACAUGCGUUUCUUCCGGAACAUAAUACGAUGAUCAGCCUUUUAGCCGACGACGGAGGCGUCGUCUUUCUCGACGUUGCAGCGAAAGACCCACAGAUCAAGCUAGAAAUCUCCAACCGUGGCCGAACUAUUUCCACUUUUGAUAUUGAAUGUCAUGCUCGAUAUCUUGCAGCGUCCACAAGUGACGGGUUUCUACUAUUGUACGAUAUGGAUAUCGCACGGAAAACGGCUGCUAAAGCUCAGGAACGGCAGAGAAAAGAGGGGUUCAUUGAGUUAGACGAUCAUGCUCGCAUACGCACUCGAUCUGGCUUGGAGAAAAUAGAUUUUUCGGACGAUGUGGAUUUAGCAGUAGACUCUAAUGAAUGGGACAUGAGUGCACCAGAGCAUAAUCGCCCCGUCCCUUCAAAGCUAAUUGACAGCUUGUUUGGAGCAAAAUACCCUCGACAGGCUAUGCAAACAGCAAAUCAGACUCGAAGUUGCGCAACGACUGCGAUUUAUACUGAAUGUUCUCGCAUGCUUCCAGCGAGUGCCACGCGAGCAAGAGUUCAGGCCGCAAUAGGGUCAUUCAGUGUGCCGUCCCAAAAGGUAAUGGCCAAUGCCUUUUCAAAAUUGCGGAAGGAUGAUCGGACUCGGCGUCCAAGUCCUUUAAGUCGCCCUUCUGCUCAAUUGACAGCACAAGAGAUUGAAAUUAAUCGGAGGCGUCUCGUUGGUUUCUUGAAAUGCAAUGGUAUGUAUCCCAAGAAAUACCGCGCACUCGUUUGGCGAUUCCUUCUUCGUUUGCCUAAAAACGAAGAAGCUUUCCGGUUACUGGUGGCGAAAGGCAAACAUCCUGUCUUUACUCGACUACAGGACGACUACCAGUUACAAAAAGGUCGCAUUUUUCGACGUCUCCACCGCAUUCUUUCGGCAAUUGUCAAUUGGUGCCCUGCCUUCGGUAAAAUGAGCUACUUGCCUGCUAAUGUGUAUCCGUUUGUCAAAAUCUUCCGAGAGAACGAUCUGGCAGCAUUUGAAGCAAGUCUCAGCGUCAUGCUUCAUUGGUGUGGCGAAUUCCUUGUGGACCCUCCGUAUCCACCCGUAAUCGUUAUGAGUGCAAUCGAAAAAGAACUGGCGCGUCGGGAACCUCGGCUCUACGAUCAUUUUACUCAAUAUGAAGUUGCGUCUGAGGUAUAUGCCUGGAGUUUGCUUAAGACUAUUUUUACGGAAGUGCUUAGUGAAGACGAGUGGAUGUGUCUGUGGGAUCAUCUCUUCACGUGGCCGGACACACCACAGCUCGUCUUCGUGGCCGUUCUGGCAUAUCUGUCCUACUUCCGGACAGCUCUCCUCGCUGCUUGCGAUCGUUUCUCGAUUGAACAGUUUUUUCACCAGCAGAACGCAAUCAAUAUCCAAAAGUAUAUUCAGCUGAUGAUGAAUUUGCGCGACAAGCUGGACCUGGACGACUUUGCGGCAAAUAAAGACCUGGCAGCUGCUGAUAGUACAACUCGAGGCCACGGUCGAUUCUGGCCACUUUCGAGAGGACAGUACCCUGCUUUCGCACAUUACCCACGGCUCGCUGUGGACUCUCAAAUCAGCGAAUGCAACCGGAUCGCUUUAGAAGAAGCAGAACUGUCUUAUAAGCAAAAGCUUCUUGAUCAAACUGAAAAAGUGUCCAAGAAGCUCAAAACAGAACACGAGAAAUGGAUGAAGGACAGAAAAUUGAUUAUUGAUGCUCAAAAGAGACGGCAGAAAGAAGCGAUUGCGGCUGAAAGGGAGAGAAUGCUUCAUUUAAUAACGCUUGACUACGAGACUCGACAAAGAAGACUUCAGCAUCUUACCAACAUGGAGUUGUCAGCUCACAAAACGCUCGAGGAAAUAGCCAAAAUGCUUCAAUCGGAGUAUCAGAAACUGGUAAGUACACUUGCAGCGCAAAAAGAUCAGAUGGAACUCGAGGUUUCUUCUCGUAAACAGAAAAAAGACUUGCAGGGUAUCGAAUUCGAGACGCACGAUUGGGUGCGUGAGAUUGACAAGCAGCGCAAAAUGGCGGAACGGUUGUCGCGUCUACGCACUGAGUUUGAGACUCAAGUGAAGCGACAAGAACUUCAAGAUAUGCUAAGGUUGGAGAGCUGGAAGAGGGUGGAUGAGGAGAAGGAGCGUAAAGCAAAGAUGCGGUUGCGUCACCGUGAAAAAUGUGCGCUUCAGAGUCAAGAGAAUCGUGUUUAUGAGGAAUUGGAUAAACAGUUGUUCGAAAAGCAGCUUGCGAAAGACAACGAAAUAUCUAAAUACGAGAGAUCUCGGCGUGCUCGCCACAACGAACAGCAAGAGUGCGAUGAGUUGAAUCAUGAGAUAAACGGCCGUAAGGAUGCCUACCUCAAAGCACGAGACCACACCGAAAGGCCUAGAGUACAAGCACAAGAAACAGAAGAUAAGAACUUCCGACAUCACUCGCGAGAUCUUACCCAUAAAGAAGCAGCAACCAGAAAUGGAGCAGACAAUGCCUACCGCGAUCAUCGUAAUCGUGAUGAUGCCGCUGACAGGGAAGAAAUACGUAGUCAAUGCAAUGUCCUUGCUAAUGACGAAAUCCAAGGUAAUGCCAGUGAAGGGAAUGAACCUUUACCGAGAACGUCAGACUAUGUGUCCAACAAGUUUGCCGUUCACACACAAAUGCAAGGACCGCCCAGCAGCGAAAGCAGCAUGAGCUCUGCAAAUGGUUCUUGCCGAAGAACGAUGGCAGACACGAGUUUACUGGAGAAGGCGCUUGGCAACCUCAGCAAUAGUAGUAGCCACCGCAGUGAUAGUAGCAUGGAGCACAUACUGGGUGAGGCUGCUGCUGACGAGGCCAGUUCUACUCACAGCACUGGACGUAGGGAAGACUCCACAAUGCCAGAAGAAGAAGUGAAAAGCGAGGAUCAAUAUGCUGCAACCAUCCCCCCGACCAGUAAACAGUCUUCUCCAGAAGCCGCCCUUGGGUUUUCGCAUGUGGAGAACGAAGCACUAAAAAUCCCGCACACCAUGCAAACGUUCUUGCCGGAGCACUUUGAGGAAGUCGUCGCGCUACCAGCUGCCCACCAGACCUCCCAAGCUCACGAAGACGAAGGACACUUUCCGCUUCAGCUUGCAGUAGAAAAUGACGACGCAACGUCGACGUCUGGAGCUGUUUUCGAUCUUUCACAGGUGCACCAUCAAGAACGUCCCUUUCCUGUGGCGUCUCGAAACCUAUCACCCGCACAGCAGGAAGAUGAACCUAUAUCUACACUUCAAGCUGCCGGAGUCUACACGUGUGUAAAUUACGACGAGCAGCCUACACUUCAAGCCACCCCGGCAUACUUAAGGACGGAGAAGCCUGCAUCAUUCCUUCCACGUGCGAAUUCCAAACCAUUUGAUUCUGAUGCUGCUGGCCAAAGCGUUGCGCCUGUCGAUGACCUGAUUGAGAGUCUCCACAGCGACAGCGAAAGAGACGCGAGCUCAACCGCGAUGGAUGUUUUGCAGCGACCGAUUGCUGAGCUCGAAAAGAAGCUCGGGAUCCGCUUUGACGAUUUUAGCGAUGAAGAGAUGGAGGACGAAGCCAUAGAAGACGAUAGCACUGAGCUGUUGCAGCGUGCCAAGCAGCUACUGGAACUCUCAAGCUUCGAUACCGACAGUGACAAUGACCUGUAA